AUGGAUGCCACAGCGUGGCUCAACUCCGCGGCGCGUUUAGCCCGUCCCACAGAUGCGUCGGACCUUCUCGGCGCUGCUGCUGCAAUGGACGCCCUGGCGCGGCGCAAUAGGAUGGAGGAGGAGACGCAGCGACUUCUCAAAGUCAUAUUCGGGGACGCUGACGUGGCUCCCCGCACCUUACGGGAGCGGGACGCCGUCGUCCCUAGUGCGUGUUCGUCGCUUCCUCCAUCGAUUCUGGUCUCCUCGUCGAGCGGGAUCGCCGGCGCGUGCAACGGGUUUGGCGGUGUUACCGCGUGUUCUGGCAGCGGAGGAGGGAGCGGGCUGGCCUUUAGUAAGCAUGGCGACGAGGCGGCGACGGGGUACCGAUGGAGUAAUGCUUCUUCGGCCGGCGCGACGGGUUCCCUAAUAACCACGGCAGCUCGCGCCAACAACAACGCGUCCAGGCCUGCGCACUCCGCCUCCGCCUCUGUUCCCGCCUCAGCCUCCACCUCCGCCACUGUUUCCGCCGCCGCCUCCGCCGGUGUUUCUGCUUCCGCGCGAGUGCACGCCCUGCUUGCCUCGCUACAGCACCUCAUUGUCCCCUCGCCGUCCGUGCUCCCCGCCGCCACCGCCAAUGGCUCAAGCUCUUCACAUCAGAUCUCGGGAUUUCCACUGGCGGCCACGCUGCCAACACCAACGGCGCAAGCAGCCGCGCCACCACCCGCGCAACACAUCAUUCACAAUCAACAACAGCAACGACUGCAAAGGCAGGAGCAGGAGCAGCAGCAGCAGCACCAGCGGCAGCAGGAGGAGCAGCAGCAGCACCAGCGGCAGCAGCAUGGGUCCCUAAUAACAGCACACGUUCCCAUGUUCUCCAGUCGCACUCUCGCCCCCAUGUCCCUGCCUGGCGCGCCACUCGCCAGGCCCCUUUCUCACCCCGGUCCCACCGCCCUCCCUCCUCCACCUCACCACCUCUCCGCCUCCUCCCUCUCCUUCUCCACCGCUUCUCUCAGCUCUCUCCCAUCCGCCUUCCCAUCUGCUUUCCCUCCUCACAACAUCUCCGAGUCUGUUCUCUCCCCCUCCUCUUCCGCCGCCGCCGCGUUUGCUCCUGCAGCGUCCGCUGCAGCUCUCCUUCCAUUCGCCCCUGGCAGCAACCUGAACCUGCAUUCGCAUGCAUCAGCACUGCCGCCCAUGAUAACUGAUGCGCCAGUGCUGUCUUCUACGCCACAGCCCAUGGCACUCAACUACUUUCCUCCGCUCUCUGUAUCUUCUGCUGUGCGUGUCCUUCCCUGUGGCAUGCAAUGCUCGUCUUGGCCCCUGGCCCAUGCACGCGCCACCUGCUCUUGUGGCGCCGUGCAUGGCGGGGUGUGUAUGUGGGGGUUGGGGGGGGCGGGGGGCCGGGAUGGCAAUGGCAAGCAGGCUGCUGCGCAACAGGGUGAACGCGCAGCAGGCGAGGGAGAGGAAGCGGUACCGGGCAGCAGCAAUGGAGGAGCGCUGUGA